AUGUCCAGCCAAGACGCCCCCAUCCUCGAAGGCAGAGCCGUGUCCAACGGCAUCCCAGCGCCAAACCUGGAUCUCCCCCUGCCUGACAGGCCAGAGAUCAUCACGGGCAAUUUGCUGAAGCUCACAGAGCUUGCUCCGAACCCGAGGACCAAGUUCAUCUUCCAUAACCUCAUAUCCAAACUGCACGAGUUCGUCAGCGAGACAAAUAUCACCACGGAAGAAUGGAUGGCGACGAUUAACUUCCUGACGCGGACCGGUCAGAUAUGCACGCCCAUCAGACAGGAAUUCAUCCUCUUAUCCGAUGUCCUCGGUGUAUCGGCCCUUGUCGACGCCCUUAACAAUCCGCUCGUGGGCAAGUCGACGGAAAGUAGCGUUUUGGGACCUUUCUUCACCGAAGAUGCGCCAGAUGUGGCUCAAGGUGACUCGAUCGCGUCGGAGGGGAAGGGCGACUACAUGUACGUAGAGGGGCGGGUGCUCACGACUGAAGGAAUCCCCAUCCCCGAUGCUGUCAUCGAGACUUGGGAGACUGAUGCCAAUGGCUUCUAUGACACUCAGUACGCCGGCCGCACCCAGGCAGACUGCCGCGGCCGCCUUCGCUCUGGUCCCGACGGUUCGUUCGGCUACCGCGCCGUUGUCCCCGUCGCGUACCCCAUCCCGGGCGACGGCCCCGUCGGCGAUCUCCUCCUCCACCUCGGCCGCCACAACAUGCGCCCUAACCACUUGCACAUGAUGAUCGAGGCGCCCGGGUUCAAGAAGCUCACGACCGCGCUGUACCCCGACGGCGACCCCUACAUCACAAGCGACGCCGUCUUCGGCGUGAAGAAGUCUCUCGUUGUGAACCUCUCGGACGUGGAAGAUCCGGCAGAAGCGCGCAAGCGUGGGUUCCCGCAGGACAAGAAGUUCAAGCUCCUGCAGUUCGACAUCAUCCUCGUCACCGAAGCCGAGUCUGCGGCUGCCCAAGCACAGCGCGCGAAGGAGGCUGCCUAG